AUGAACAAACAAACAGCCAAAGUGUCUCCCUCGCCCUCCCCUGGUCCUGCUGUCUUUCUGCUGCCCACUCCACAGGAGCAUGCUGAAAGACAGAGGGGACCCCAGCCCGCGGCUGAAGAUGGGCAGGAUGGAGGGCAGGGUGGGGGGAAGGGUGGAGGGAAGGGUGGAGGGCAGGCAGAAGAUUGUGUGGAGGAGAAGAGAGAGGAUAGUAAGAGCCGCUGUGCCCGCUGCCCGCUGAGAGCCAUGUGUCGAGCUGCGUGGGGGCUGGUCCUUGGGUGCUGUGUGGCCCUGGCGUGGGCAGUGGGCACACACAGUGCCAAGCAGUCUCUGGAGCAGCUCCAUGCCCCCUUCUUCACUAUUUGGUUCUGCAGUACAUGGAACCUCCUCCUCUUCCCCCUCUACUACCUGGGACAUCUGCUAGGGGCAGAGCAGAGACAGUGGCCCACAGCGUGCUUCAGGCAGUGCAGUGGCUUCCUGGUGGAGGAGGACAUGACAGUGAGAGUGCUCCUGAAGGGUGCAGCACCGUUCUCCGUGCUGUGGAGUCUCUCAGGCUACCUGUACCUGCUGGCCCUUUGUCGCAUCUCAGCAGGUGACGCCAGCGCCAUUCUCUGCUGUAGCCAGGGCUUCAUCUUCCUCCUAUCCUGGAUCGGACUCAACGACCGGUUCAUGGGUGUACGGAUAGUGGCUGUAAUUCUCUCCAUCACAGGAAUCGUCAUGAUGGCGUAUGCUGAUGGUUUCCAUAGCGACUCAAUCACAGGGGUGGCCCUGGCAGUAGGCUCAGCUUCAACCACUGCCCUGUACAAGGUGUUGUUUAGAAAGCGAGUGGGAGAGGUGCAGCCAGGUACGGCCAGUGUUCUGCUGUCCUGUGUGGGGUUAUGCUGCUGUGUCCUCCACUCCUGGGUGUGUGUGAUACUUUACCUCACACAUGUGGAGUACUGGCCUCCAAUCCAGUACAUCCCCUGGGACGCAUUGUGCGUGAUGGCCUCCCUGCUCCUCGCUUUCAAUGUCUUGGUGAAUCUAGGAAGUGUGCUUGCCUACCCCUCCCUUAUUUCUCUUGGAAUGUUACUGAGCAUCCCAGCUAAUUCAGCAGUGGAUUUCUAUGUCGCUGCAGCCCCCCAGCUCAGCCAGGUCAGAGUGGCUGCAGCAGCUAUCAUCGGGGUGGGCUACCUCUUACUGCUGCUUCCUGGAGACUGGGAUGACAGUGUUGUCCACUGGAUAGAGGGUCUGUGGCAAGGAGGAUGGAAAGAGGACAGUGUGGUUGGAGAAGAUGGAGGAGCUGAUGGAGGAGAAAUUGCAAAGCCCAAGCCCAAACAAGCAGGCAUUGCUUCCCUAACAUGAUGCUCUUUGGUUUUACAUGGCAGAACUUGGUCUCAAAAGUCUUUCAACCAAA